GCAGCACAGGCCAUGGCUGUUGGACACAAACUGGGAGCCAGCUGGAGAGCUGGGCAGGGCAAGCGGGACACCGAUGCUGACUGUGGCACCAACUGGCAAGGGCAGGUUCAGUGUCUGCCCAGGACCCGGCCAACGUACUGCCCAUCCAAGCCCCAUCCAGUGUUGAUGGGUUGGGGGCUGGCAAGCGGCUGGAGGAUGUGUAGUGAGACAGAGGCAGGUGCAGUCCACACACAGUCCUUGACUGCGCAGGCAUUUAUCUGCGGGCUCUCUGGGUGCCAGGCCCCCUGUCAGGCACUGGGAGUCUGCAGGUAACAAGAGACUAGAGACAGUUCCAGAAAGCUGGAUGUGCCCUCAGCCAGACUUCACGAGCUGGCGGUUGUUUUCCCCGACUUUGCAGAUAGUACACUCUCCAGGUCCACGCGCACUCCAGCUGCACAUGCCAGGUGUCCAAGAGCCAGGCAUGGUGACAAGCUUCCCAGCUAGGGGAGGGGGCUGCCCUGGCCCUGAUCUGGUUACCAGAUAGCUGUGUUGGGGAGGAGCAGUGGGGUCAGAGGGGAGGGGAAGGGCUGUUUAGCUCACAGGUGCCCUGGGGUUUCCCUGGCUGACUCCUUGAGGGGCCUACAGACAAUCUGCACAUUGUUAGCAGGGUCUAGCAGCAUGGAGCAGGGGAGCUGCCAUGUGGAGCGCCCUGGGCCUGUUGGGGUGAGUGCCCCCACCCAAGUUCCCUCUCCUGGGAUCAGGACCCAUGGGAGGCCUGGGCAGGGCAGAGGUAUGCCCACUUCCCACACCACCUGCCGAGGAAUCCCGCUCCGUCUCUGCUCUGCUAUGACUCUGUGUCCCCAGGUGAAGAGCAAGCCCUGCCCUGGGGGCUGGAGAGCUCCAGGCCUGCUGCUGCUGCUGGCGGUGGCCACUGCUGGGGCCAUGGCAGGGGGGAUUCUUGGCUUUGCUCACGGCCCUCCUAAGCCACUGCUGCAGAUGCUCCACCUGAGCCUCCCAAGCCACCGGGCACCCCAGGCCAACCAAACCACCCUGGUGAAUGUGGCCCGGAACAUAGCCACUGUCACCGUGACCCCUCCUUGGAGCAACCAAAGCUGGGUGGUGCUGUUCGACGGGCAGAGCGGUUGCGUCUGUUACCGGCCCCCAGGGCACAGGGCCUGCUUCCUGCACUCCAUGGAGCCUCAGGACCAGGAGACCCUGCGGCUGCUGGUGAACACCUCGAGGGCCCCAGGGUCCCACAGCCCCAGCGAGGACACUGGCCACGCCCAGGAGCUGCUGGCUGUGCUGGGGAGGCGCGAGGUGGACCCUGCCCAGGUGGGGGCUGCAGUGCAGCACCUUUGUGGGCAGAAGCCCAUCUACUGGGCCCGUCGCACCGGGGGGACCCCACAGCAGCGGUUGAUCUACCUCUGUAUGGAUAUCUGCUUUCCGAACAACAUCUGCAUGUCAAUCUGCUUUUAUUACCUCCCCGACUGAGCCCCAGGCUGGCCCCAU